CUCAAACUCCUUCUUUUUCCCUUUCUUUAUUAUAUAUUUACUAGCUUUUCAUUAUGAGUCCUGACGUUAUUCCCGUAGUAGCAGCUGGUUUAGGCGGCUUAUUUGGCACCAUGUAUCUGGAUUCGCGAUAUCUUCUUAGCAGAGACUUUCAUCAGCUAAAAGCAGGUUUAUUAGCGAAUUUAAGCAUUCGACUUUGGGAACUUCAAGACAAGACCCAUUAUUAUUUUCGCUUCAAAGAAAAGGCAAAGGCUAAUCCGGACAAGCUCUUUGUCAUGUUUGAAGGAAAAGGCUAUACCUUUCGUCAUAUAGAAAAAGCCUCUAAUAGAUUGGCGCAUUGGUUAAUUGCACAAGGCACUAAGAAAGGAGACAUCGUGUGCAUGAUGCUCCAGAAUCAUCCUACCUUUUAUAUCUCUCUUUUGGCCAUUAGCAAAAUUGGUGCUAUCCCCUCAUUAAUCAACACUAAUCUAAUGGAUGAUUCAUUAUUGCACUGCUUAAGAAUAGCCAGUACGAGAUUACUUCUUUUUGAUCCCGUGUACGAAAAGCAAGUCGCAACCAUACUGGAUGCCUGUCGUGAGCUUAAUGUUAACCUGAUUGCUUAUGGUGAAUCCACGGAAGAAAAUGAAUUACCACCUCUUCCCUUUGCAUCUACUCUCACGCCAAGUGUCUUGGCCUCUUUUUCUGAUGCAGAUACAAGCGAAGAGCCGCUUAAAGGUGUAAAGCCAUCAGAUGCCGCCUAUUUGAUUUACACAAGUGGGACUACGGGAAUGCCAAAGGCCGCCAUUAGUCAACAUUCUCGUAUUGGCUUUGGACUGGUAAUGUAUGCUAAUGUUACUGGUAUUCAAGAGGGCGAUAGAGUGUACUGUGUAUUACCACUUUAUCAUAGCUCCGGAAUGAUUGUGGCAUCCUCUGUAGCCCUAUAUGCUGGAGCUACGAUUGUACUUGGCCGUAAGUUUUCUGCAAGACGGUUCUGGAACGAUUGUGUGGAUUACAAGGUCGAUGUGUUCACAUACAUUGGUGAAUUCUGUAGAUAUCUUCUAAGCCAACCACCUCAUCCCGAAGAAAGGAAUCACAAGGUGAAAAUGGUUUAUGGCAACGGUAUGAGACCUGAUGUCUGGAGAAGGUUCCAAGAGAGAUUUAACAUCCCCAAAGUCUGCGAGUUUUAUGCCGCUACUGAAGCACCGACAACUUUAUUUAAUGUAAAUACCGGAGAACUUGGAGCUGGUGCGGUAGGUUCUCGAGGUAUUGUCUUCCGUACGAUUCGUUCAGAAGUUCAGUUGAUUAAGAUUGAUCCUAUUACGGAAGAACCUAUCAGAGAUAAGAAUGGGUUCUGUGUAAAGAGCAACUAUGAUGAACAAGGUGAAUUAGUUGUUCGUAUGGAUGAAGGCAGCCAUGUCACAUUUGGUGGCUAUUACAAGAAUAAAGGAGCUACACAGAAAAAGAUUUUAAGAAAUGUGUUUAAGAAAGGGGAUGCAUACUUUCGUAGCGGUGACUUGCUAAAGAUGGAUAAAGAUGGCUUUUACUAUUUUGGUGACCGUGUGGGAGACACCUUCCGCUGGAAGUCUGAAAAUGUUGCUACAACAGAAGUUGCUCAAGCAAUCGGAGUGUAUCCUGGCAUCGCAGAAGCCAACGUAUACGGUGUCACGGUUCCUAACCAUGAUGGUCGCGCUGGCAUGGCUGCGCUCGUAUUGAAAGAAGGAGUAUCGUUAGAUUUCAAAGAGCUCUAUCAGUACCUCCGUCAAAAGUUACCAAAGUAUGCUAUUCCAGUCUUCAUAAGAUUUGUGCCUGCUAUGGACCUUACAGGUACCUUUAAACAACAAAAGGUGCAGUUCCGUAACCAAGGUAUUGAUCUUACACAAAUUCCUGAAUCUGAGCCUGUUUACUGGCUUAAGGGAGAUACAUAUGUUCCUUUUACAUUAGAUGACUAUGCGAAAAUCGACGUUGGCAAAGUAAAACUGUAAAUGAUUCUUUGUGAUUUUAUUUAUUUAUCCUAUUGAUACAUGGAUUAUAUUUUCUAAACAAUAAAGUAUUCCAUUGUAAGUUUUGAUCAGCG